UCACCUUUGAUAGACUUUUCUCGUCUCCGUGUUAAAAUAAAAUAAAAAAUGUCAGUCAAAGAGUCAAUAAAAUAGCUUGAAGCUUUGAAGCCGGGAGCCAUGGCGGACACUGAUAGCAGUGAACCAGCGAAAUCAGACGCCAUUGUCGUCAAAUUCCGAGCUCGAAAUUACGCCGCAGAAGCUACGGCACACUCUCUCCCUCGAGUUCCGGCCGAUCUUCAUCCUCUCUCCUAUGCACCUUUUCUCUCUCCUCAGGUUGUUGCCAUUGAUGAAGAGAAGCAUGGCACGCUGGAUCCUUUGAGAGCACCAUGUAGAAGCGUAGUUGUGCCUUCCAAGGAUUUAGAGAAUGCCCGACGUGCUUCUAAACCAGAAAUCUCUGGCAGUGAUGCCGCUCAACUUCUUGGGAAAGAGUGGACUACUUUUAAGAGAUUCUUGGUGCAAAAGUUUCCUCCUUCUAAGACGGUUGCAGUUUCAUCGAUUGCUAAUUUGGUGAUUGGAAGCCAUAAGGUCUAUGAGAAAUCAAAUGCACAUUUGGAUGAAUUGGAUGAUCCACAGGGAUCAGCUGAGGAGGAUGUAACAUUUAUCACGCAGCAAGAGUACACUGCAAGAUUAAGUGACAUGAAGACUGAUAUUCUUUCUUCUUGGGAUGCCGGUGAUCAUUUUAAAUCUCUGAAGUUAUCUGUUAAGGUCGCUAGGCUAUUGCGGGACACAGAUUUGCUGCAAUUUUAUCCAACCUUGUUUACUCAGGUUACUGAUAUAUUGGAUAUGCUUGGUGAUAUGGUAAUAGAGCGCAUCAAGCGGAAGGCUGAAUUUACGGAAGAUGGCACACAAAUUCGUGCAUUGCCAGAGGAUUUCCAAGCGAGAGAUGUUUGUUCAGAGGCAAAGGAAACCUGUCACAAUUGGUUUUGCAAGAUAGGAUCCAUACGUGAUCUGCUGCCUCGCAUCUACUUGGAGCUUGCUAUAUUGCCUUGUUGGCGAUUUUUACUUGAUGACUCUACUGAUGUAAUCCAACGCUUGCUUGCAAUGAUGCGUGGUCUUGGCAAUCCCUUGGCUUCUGCGUAUUGUCAUCUGUAUUUGGUUUACUCUGUUCAGAAAUUACCUGCGCGCCACAAUGGAUAUCUUAUUACUUGCAUACGAGACAUUAGUCUUCUGAUGGUACCUAUUGUAUCAUCAAAAGUAACCAUAGAAGAUAUAAACAGCGAGAGCAGACAAGUCCUUGUUCACCUUAUGGAACCACCCAUGGAGUACAUCAUGAAAUGCAUAUUUAAGGAUCAUCAGCAAGGAUGCAAUAUACUUGCGGAGCUAGGAGUAACAAGGAAUUUGUCGGAGUUGUUUGGCGAAUAUUCUUGCGUCUCACUCCUUCUCCAUCAUCUACUCAAGGAACUACCACCCGAAGCUUUUAGAUCUAAUAUACUACACAUUCUUGACCUUAUUGAACGCGGCAUUGGUUCUUCCUUUGACCAGUGUGUGAAUUUCAGGCUGCUCGGAUUCAGGCUUUACGAAACAGAUGCUCCUGUUGAGAUCGUCAAUGUGGUUUUGGAGCGAGUGAUUCAGGAUGUUAGUCAGUACCAAGACCUGGAUUCUUAUCUGAAAGUCGUAGAUGGCUAUGUUGAUAUUGUCCUUCAGAAUCAAAUGAAAAUUCAAUUGGAAAUGCUACUGGAAGGGAUUGCAGAGCGAGCAUGCAACAAAUGGAUUAAUGACUGUGAACUUGAGAGCUUGAAGUCGGUUUUUAUCAAGAUUCUCAGUCAUACAAAGUGCUUGGAAAAUAUCUUAGAGCUGAAUUUCUUUGCUGAAAUCAUCGAUGUCAUGCGCGGGACUGCAAAGAAUGCCAUCAACAUGCGUCUCCUUGAAAUUGCUACAAGGAAUGGUUAUAUUAGAUGUCCAACUACUGUACAGUUCCUUUUCGAAGUUGGUCAGGGCCUGCGUAAUUGCAAUGGCUUUUUAAGCAUGCUAGACAGUGAUAAUCAGCAUUUGGAUCGUUUACUCUCUCGUUUUGUGCACAUGGUUGAUUUUGGGACAGAAUGGGAACUUCACCUGACAUUUUUGAUUGAAUUUCGUGCAAAUUUUGCUAGUGCAGAUGAAAUGAAGGAGACUCUUGUUCAUCGUUCAAAUUGGUUAGUGAUGAAAGCUUUGAAAGAUUCCAAACAACUUGUCUCUUUUGGCAAGUCAUGUUUAGCAUUUUCUGAGGCUACAAUUCCUUCUAUUGCGAAUCCUGUAAAGCAGUUAUUUCUUUAUCUUGAGACUGCCGAGGUUGCGUUGACCAUCGGAUUAGUUUGUCAUUCAGAUGGAUUAAUAGAUUCAGCUAUAUGCUCACUUCAAAGUGUUGUCGGGGGGACACCGCUUGAUGUUGAUAGAAUCAUAUGCAUAAUACAAAAACUAUGCAGCCUUUUGAUCAUGGUUCCAGGUAACCCUAUACGUGGAGUCACGUACAUCUCGAAGAGCUUACUCUCACUGGUUAACUCUAAUGCAUUGCGAAUAACUGCAAGAUUGAAAGUUAGAACAUUGUCCGCAAAUAUUAUUCUACUGGCAGCUUUGUCACAGCAUAAACUCCCAUAUAGUCCUGGUGACAUGAAAGAGGUUCCGGGCAAUGACCUCCUGUAUUUUGAUGAUCCGUCCUAUCAAGAAGAACUUGCAUCCUUUUGCCGUCACCUUCUUCAGGACAUGAUUCUCGCAAUUAAAGAAGAAGCUUCCCCGAUUACUCGGGGAAGCCUGGCACUUGAAGCUUGCAACAGCAUUGCAUCAGUUCUUGAGAUAGAUGAUAACGUAUUAUGUAUCUGCAAUGAAUUGAUGGAGAUUGCCGGAUCUUGUUUGAGCAAGGAGCACUUUUACUUGUUGUCAACAUCCAAGUUGUUUGUUGCCAAUCACUUGCGUAAUUUAAGUGUGUAACAAUGUUCAGUAGAUGAAUUUCCAACAUUUUCCUUGUGUAAUCAUCUCCAAGAUGAAAAUUGAUAUCACAAAAUAGAAAGCAUGUGUGAUUAUUCUUUUCAUAUUGUCAUAGAGUUCGAAUCCUCUGUUCCACAAUCUAUGUACCACUUGUGUGCUUUUUUUCCC